CUCUGUUUUCCUUCUGUUUCCUUACUCUCUCCGUUAAAAUUUGUUCAGAUAUAGAAUAUUUUAGAAAAAGUACAUAAUAAUAAGACUACUUAUAAAGAAAAUCAGAAAGGCAAGUCGAUAGCCACACUCCUUUAUAAGUAAUAGUAGAAUAUAUCAUUUGGCAUACAACCAUUUUCAUUCAAUAUGUCUAUUGUCAAUAUUUCCCAAUCAAUCCUAGAAUUCCCCAUCAUCAUCUGGCUAACAGUGUUGGUAAUUUUCAUAUGGAGUCUAACAAUUUUCAUAAAGAAGCCUUCACAAAAAGUUUUCUUGAUAGAUUUUGCAUGCUACAAGCCCCUUGCCUUACAAACGUGCACCAAAGAAAAAACACUACAAAUAGUCAAGGCAAUGGGGAACUACUCUGAAGAAACAUUGGAUAAAAUGAGAAUGGCUAUGAACAAAGUGGGCCUUGGUGACUCCACUUAUUUGCCAGAGACUUUGCUUACAAAUUCCCCAAAUUUAUGUUUGGAGACUUCAUUAAAAGAGUCCCAAAAUGUCAUGUUUGGAGCAUUGGAUAUACUCUUUGAAAAGACCAAAAUUGAUCCAAAAUGUAUUGGCAUACUAAUUGUGAAUUGUUCUGUUUUUAAUCCAGUUCCCUCUUUGUCUUGUAUGAUAGUGAAUCAUUAUAAGAUGAAUGAGAAUGUUUUAAGCUACAAUCUUGGUGGAAUGGGUUGUACUGCUGGAUUAUUGGCCGUUCGUCUUGCAAAUCAGUUGCUUCAAGUGCAUGAGAGCACAUAUGCUCUAAUUUUGAGUACAGAGAACACUUCGCAUUGUUGUUACCUUGGCAACGAUGAAUCCAAGUUAAUACCAAAUUGCACGUUUCGCGUAGGGGGAGCCGCGAUCCUACUCUCAAAUCGUCCAUCAGAUAGAAAUUCAUGCAAGUACGAGCUCCUCCAUGAUGUUCAUACUCACGGGGCAAGUUCAGAUCGUUCUUACAAAUCAAUUUUCCUAGAAGAAGACGAUGAUGGUCUCGUUGGAGUAUCCAUAACUAAAGAUCUCUUAAUUGCAGCAACUAAUGCCAUUGAAACCAAUCUCACUUCACUAGGUCCAUUAAUCCUUCCCUUAUCUGAAAAACUCUCUUUCUUGAAAAAUUUCGUCAUGAGACGAAUUUUUGGGGUUGAAAAUAUUAAAAAGUACGUACCAAAUUUCACAAAAAUUGAUCAUUUUUUUCCACAUGUGGGAGGGUUACCGGUACUUAAUCAGUUGCAGAAAAAAUUGGGAUUUAGUGAUUUAGCUAUGGAAGCUUCCAAAAUUUCAUUGAGAAGAUUUGGGAAUACUUCAAGUAGUUCAAUUUGGUACAUAUUGGCUUAUUCAGAGGCUAAAGGAAGAAUCAAGAAAGGUGAUAAAAUUUGGCAAAUGGCUUUUGGGUCGGGUUUUAAAUAUAGCAGUGUUAUUUGGCGUGUCAUAAGAAACGUCGAUAGGAAUGACAUGAAAAAUCCAUGGAAUGAAGAGAGUGAUGCUCUAAUUGAUCUUAAUUUAGACAGCAAUGCGCCAGUCCAUGACUAUUUUGAAUCACCUUAGUAAACUUGAUUUUAUCUAAGUUUGUUUUUCAAUUAAAUUUGUGCUCUAUCUAAGUAUUUUGUUUGGACUGCGCUUUGGGUACCAAUUUGUUUUAUAAUAAUUUGUUUUAUAAUUGUUGCAAUUUGCAAAGUUCGCA